GGAUAAAACAAGUACACGCGUGAAAAUAGCUGAUCGUCUAAAUCUGAUAUAAACACUUUAAACAUUAGUAGCGGAUACUGAAAUCGUUCGGGUUUUUUCUUUAUUAAAACGUGGAACUAUAUGGUGAAGGCGGUGGGAUAUUUGUUUUUUUAAAAUCCCAGCCUGCUCUACCUUCUUUUUUUCCUUCGGUUGGAGGCCAUGAUGGCAGCCUGAGUUCAGCUGGAGCGAGAGGAGCCAGAAAAAAGAAGAUGAUUCCCCGGGACGGACCUGUCAAACCGACCUGUGAAGACUCCUGAGCUUUGUAUAGUCUAUAUACAUUUACGGUGGAGCCUGUCACUUUUCUUUUCUCAGAUGUGUUCUUGGCAAUCAGUCGAUGACAAUGUUGACUCGUUAGGAAGCUUUUGGCUCGGAAAAAGGAGGCAGCGUUAGCUACUAGCUGCGAGCUAGUUAGCUAGCGAGCUAGCUGCGUCUGAGUGACUGGAUACGGGUUUUUUUUUUUUCUCGGGAACCGGUGACUUCUCUCUCCUCUCGCUGUCAAUCGCGGCGGCUGCGGUUGAGCCACCGAGCUUGCACCGAGUCUGGCAUCUAAAAGGUUUAUUUUUUUUCUCUCUCUGAGGACAACUGCAUGUGUUUUAUUCGGAGGUUGUUCGCAAGACGAAUUGCAGGAUUGGGGGAAAGUCGGGGCCUGCACGGAGGAGCAGAGCAAGGCCCGUCUUUAUGAUCCAGAGGAAGCCUGUCUAAUCCUACCCGACAGCCAUCGCUAGCUCUGCGGGCUAGCCCGUCUCUCUGCAGACCCUCGGUGACCGCGACACACAACGACUAGAAAAACCUGUUUUCAUCAUUUACCUCCUUUUACAGACUCCUGUCACCUGCUGCGAUGGCUGCGAUUAUAAAAGAAAUGGUCAGCCGGAACAAAAGGAGAUAUCAAGAGGAUGGCUUCGACCUGGACUUAACGUAUAUCUACCCAAACAUAAUUGCUAUGGGCUUUCCAGCAGAGAGACUCGAAGGCGUGUACAGAAACAAUAUAGACGAUGUAGUACGGUUCUUGGAUUCCAAGCAUAAAAACCAUUACAAAAUCUACAACCUCUGCGCAGAAAGACACUACGAUGCUGCCAAAUUUAACUGCAGAGUUGCACAGUACCCCUUCGAAGACCACAACCCUCCUCAGCUGGAGCUAAUUAAGCCGUUUUGUGAAGACCUGGACCAGUGGCUCAGCGAGGAUGACAAUCACGUGGCGGCCAUCCACUGUAAGGCUGGGAAGGGCCGCACUGGAGUCAUGAUCUGCGCCUAUCUCCUCCAUCGCGGCAAAUUCCUGGAGGCCCAAGAAGCGCUUGACUUUUAUGGCGAAGUCAGGACAAGGGACAAGAAGGGAGUAACGAUCCCGAGCCAGCGCCGCUACGUCUACUACUACAGCUACCUACUGAAGAACCAGCUAGAGUACAAGCCGGUGGCGCUCCUCUUCCACAAAAUGGUGUUCGAGACUCUCCCGAUGUUCAGCGGGGGCACCUGCAGGGACAGUACCGUUAAAAACAGGAGCGAGCCGACCCCUCAGGGCUUCAAGAAAGGGAAUUGGCAUUGGGAUCCCCAGUUUGUGGUGUACCAGCUGAAAGUGAAGAUUCACACGUCGAACCCCACUCACACGCGGCGCGAGGACAAGCACAUGUUUUUCGAAUUCCCCCAGCCACUGCCCGUUUGUGGAGACAUCAAAGUGGAGUUCUUCCAUAAACAGAAUAAGAUGAUGAAGAAGGACAAAAUGUUCCACUUCUGGGUGAACACCUUCUUCAUCCCUGGACCAGAGGAGAGCGGGGACAAGAUGGAGAACGGGGCAGUGAACAACGUGGAGAGCCAGCAGGGGGGACCGGGCCAGGGCCAGCCGCAGAGCGCCGACAGGGACAGCUGCAGGGAAAGCGGCAGGGAAAGCGACAGGGACAGGGACUACCUCAUCCUGACGCUCACUAAGAACGACUUGGACAAGGCCAACAAAGACAAAGCUAACCGCUACUUCUCGCCAAACUUCAAAGUGAAGUUGUAUUUUACGAAAACCGUGGAGGAGCCUUCAAACUCGGAGGCAAGCACUUCUACAUCCGUCACCCCGGACGUUAGCGACAAUGAGCCAGACCAUUAUCGAUACUCUGACACCACUGACUCUGAUCCGGAAAAUGAACCUUUUGAUGAAGAGCAGCACACGCAAAUCACAAAAGUGUGAACUCUUUUUAAACAGGAAAAGAAGAAAUUAUACACCAGAAAAAAAGGAGAAAACUUGAAUAUAAACUCAAAAGAAGAACGUUUGUCCCUUCCCUCCCCAGACGGCAAUAGAAUAUCAUCAUGUCAAAUGCCAAUUUUAGGGAAAAAAAAGAUAAAUAUCUUGACCAAUAUAUUGUUUUUUUUUGUUGUUUUUGUUUUUUUUCUUUUGUUAUUUUUCUUUUUUUUUCUUUGGCACGGCCAUGUACCAUGUGCGAGGUAUUGACACUGUUGCCCCAUGGGAAAAGGUGCUGUAGCUAUAAAAAUGUUUAUAUAUAUAUACAUACGUAUAUGUAUAUACAUAUAUACAUGCAUAUAUAAACAAACAAACUUUUUUGUGUCAAAGACAAUGGAAAGAGUACCACAAUCAGGAGACGGGAGUUGAAGUGUGGGAGAAGUUUGAAUGAUAUACUAGGACUAUGCUGCUCCUUCUCCUGUCUAAACCAAGGCCAGUGCUGCAGUCACUUUGUUUCACUCCCUCUCUUCUCCUCCUCCCCUUCUCCCUCUCAUCUUUUACUCUUCCCUCCCCUCCAUCCUAUCCUCCUUCCUAUCCUCCUUUACUGUGAAUGCUUCUUGUGCUCUUUGCAGGCUGUCUCACGUGACUUUUGGCCUUUGUGCAGUGCAAACUGCAUGCGGGCAGUGGGUUGGGGGUGGGCGGGGUUAUGAAGAGGCUGUGAUGAUGUCUAAAGCAUUGCCAUUCCUGUUCCCACUGUGUAUACGUUAAAUUAUGCAGAACAAGGCAUCCCAUGUAAUUGUUAAUGUUUUUUUUUAUCCUAAGAUAAUAAAAAUAUAAUACACAAAACA